AUGGCCCCAAACCCACAAACACCCCCUUCAUCAGCCGCGGCGUGCCCCCCCGAAAACGACAUCCCGCCGCUCACCACCCUCCUCCCGGCAGUCUUCGUCCCCGUGCCCGCCUCCUUCUUCGCGUACACGCCGCCGGCCACGCGCGAGGCCCAGAUCCGCGAGACCGUCGCCGCCCUGGAGACACACGCCGCCCGCGUGCGGGCCAACAUCCUCGCCCUGACGAGGCAGGAGUGCCGCCGGAUCGCACGCGACGCAGAGAUACAAGAGUCCCGGCUUGCCGGACAGCCGCAGCAGCCGCGGCCGAGCAGGGCCGUCAGCGCCGCGGACAAGGCGGCCAUGCUGGCAAACAUGCAGGCCGGCGCGGAGGCCGGCGCGGACCGGCCGCUGUCGCAGACGCCCGACUUUUCCGACUGGCUUGUUUCGAGUCCCCGCGAGUGGAGGGACAGGGAGGUGCUGCGGACGGUGGCGAGGACCAUGGCCGACCUCAAGGGGUUCCGGGAGCACGUCGCGCGCCAGAGGGCGCGGUAUGAGGAGGCGCUGGAGAGGGAGAUGCGGGAAGAGCGUGACGGCGGCGAGCAACGUCAGCAGGAGCAAGUUGCCGAGGAGCUCCGCAAGGAAAAGUAA